AGUUCCUAUUGCAGUAGUCAGCACAAUUUGCUUCUUUCAGUUUUAGAAAGCUUUUAAACUAUAUAGCCUUCGACGAGAACAGCACCCUUUUAAAGAGAAAAGCGAAGCAUGGAUUGCGGAUUGGUUUUGGUCGGUCGUUUUCUAGCCGUUCUUCUUCUGUGCGUCCAAAUGGGGUUCCUGACAGCUUUUCCUGUCUGUUACAGGGAUGAUAAACGUCUGAUAUCCUUGGUACUGUUAUUUUUUCCUUCCUUGAUUUACUAUGGGAUUUGUCUGGCUACUGGUGGAAAACUCCGUAAAGUUUUCCGCACGUGGGGUCUCUAUAUUAUUUGCAGUUUGAUCCCUUACAUCGCCAUCAUUUUUGCGUUGUGCGGAGACGUACUCGACAAGAACAAUUUCCUCAGCCCGACCUGUUUGAAAGUGAUCCUGUGCAUCACGCCUGUUGCCUUUCUCAUUCUGGUGAAUACAGCGAGCGAUUUGGGCAAACACGAAGACUACAAAACCCUGGCGUGGACGCUGUCAGUAGUGAUAACAAUAGAUCUUGUCGAUAGCGUCGAGAUGUUGGAUAUUGUGCUCGAUGAGAGAGAGAACAGUCACGGAAUCCCAAAAGAGUUUGGAUAUGCGAUGAUAGCAGCGGCGUGCGUAAGCUUUCUGUUGACUUUGCUGCAAAUUGCGGAGAAUGAACUCAAAAAUGGAACCGUCUCUCUUCGCAAUGCAGUGGCGAUUCUCGCAAAUGUUUUGCAGAUUAUUUUCGUGAAUUUGCCUUUCAUGGUAAUGCGACUUGUUGUUAUUGUCAAGUACAACAAAGAUGAUAAUGAGAUCAUCUUCAUCACAAAGAAUCUGAUCGCCAUCUUUCUCUCCGUGAUGCAGAUCUACUGGAUCCGAAACAGCUAAUUCUGUGAAAAGUAAUAUUUAUUUUGCCGCUCUAAACAUCGUACUUUCUGUUUUUGGAGAUGUAACAAGUUGGUAUUUUUAAACUCUGAAGCCUUGUUCUUACAGUUAAUAACAAUAAUUACGCAGAAAAGCUUCGGGGUUGUUGUUGGACUCUCAUGACCUGUCGACCAAAACAGUUACAAUCCUGACAGUCAGACCAAAUUGAUCACAUUAUGGUAACUGAACGUCAUUCACUAAGCAAAGUAACCCCUCAAAAAUUUCAAGAUCGAUUUGAGAAAAGUCGUUGCAAACUAUUUUCACAAUGUCGCACGUUUUGUUAUCUUUCACCUAGAUCCUUCUAAUUAUCAGACAG